AUGCAAACAAUCAAGGAUGCCUGCAGCACUGUUAGUGAAAAAGUUAAAGAAAUGACGAGUGGCGCAUCGCACGAAGCUAACAAAGAAACGGCAAAGGAUUCAUCAAACACAAUUGGUACCCGAGCCGGAGCUGCUGUUGAUGCAGCUAAAGACAAAGUUGAAGAAAGUGGUCAUGCUGCCUCGAAAGAGGUACACAAACAGAAAGCAACUCAUUAG